AUGCCAGGAAUCCUCCUCAUCAACGGUCCCAACCUCAACCUCCUGGGUACCCGCGAACCCCAUCUCUACGGGACCACAACCCUACUCGAUGUCGAAAAUACCACAAAAGCCCUCGCUACCUCCAAGGGAAUCCACCUGGAAGCAUUCCAAUCCAACCAUGAAGGCGCGAUCAUAGAUCGUAUCCACGCCGCGCGAGGCAAAUUCGAUGCCGUCCUGAUUAACGCGGGAGCUUUGACGCAUACUAGCGUUGCGAUUCGGGAUGCGUUGAUUGGAGUGUCGAUUCCGUUUGUUGAGAUUCAUAUUACCAAUGUGCAUACGAGGGAGGCGUUUAGGCAUCUUAGCUAUUUGUCGGAUAAGGCUGUGGCUUGUAUUGUUGGGUUGGGGGUAUAUGGGUAUGAGGCUGGUGUGGAGUAUGCGACGCGGUAUUUGGUUAAGGCUGAGUGA